AAACCCACUCUUUGCCUGCUAUCCUUGCGAUAACCCACAUAGAAAGCCUCGUUCCUUGUGUCGAUAAUCUUUCUCCCGCCCCUUUCCCUCUUGAUCAUCCGCUGGUAAUCGUCUGAUCAACCAUCUUCCAAUAUUCCGCCAUCCAACCUCUAAACCAACACUCUCGACCCAUCAUCAUCAACACCAUCAACACCAUCAUCAUGUCUGGUCCUUACGAUAACCAGAAUAAUCCAAACUACUACGGCCAGGGAGGCUACCCCCCUCAGCAAGGCUACGGCCAAGCCCCACCUGACCAGUAUAACCAAGGCCAAUAUCCCCCGCAACAAGGCUACGGCCAGCCUGCAUAUGGCCAGCAGCACCCCCCGCAGCAGCAUGGCAACGAACAGCAGGGCUACUACGGUCAACACCAACAGCAACAGCCGUACGAUCCCAACCAGCAAGGUUAUCCACAGCAGCCACACCAACAGCCCCAAUACGACAAUCAAGGCGUAGCACAACAGCAUCAACAACAAGCUGGUGCCCCAGGUGGUGCGCAGGAUGGUGAGCGUGGCCUGGGCGGUGCCCUGACUGGCGGUCUCGCAGGGGGCUUUAUGGGCCACCAGGCCAACCACGGCAUCCUUGGCACAAUCGGAGGAGCGAUCCUGGGAAGCAUUGCUGAGGACAAGCUCAAGGACAAUAAGAAGCACAAGCACAGCAAUAGCGGUGGACACCACAGCCAUGGAGGAAGCCAUCACGGCGGCAGCCAGUAUGGCGGCGGGGGUUCUUCGAACUUCCUUGGGUCUGCGGCUGGGUCGCUUUUCGGGAAGAAGUGAGCAGGCUAUUGAUAUGUGAAUUGUGAAUUCCUGUGGAUGUCCCUUAGAUAGAAGGUGGUUGUGGUCUGUCGUUCGAUAUGUUGUACCGCAUAUCUUCAAAUUUGUUGUUGAUUUUCGUCCUGUUGGCACGUUCCCCGACUAUAUUCGCAACGUUUUCCUCUGUCUUCUUCUUCUCUUCUUCUUCUUCUUCCUCCUUCCCCUUUCCGUCGCUUUCAUUUUGUAUUCUUGUCACUUGCCGGCUGUUUCACUGUAUGAACUUACCGGAUAUGAUGGCUGUACGACAAUAAUGACUCUCCAUCUUCGUUAUUUUCUACCUGAAGAAUUUCGAUCCUCCGGCUACUAGUAUCUGCUGUAUUUGCUAAAUUUUAGUUUUGACGAAUCACCGACGAUUUUCAUAAAUAAAAUUGAAUAUUCAUCGUUGUU